UUGUGUGUGUGUUUUUGGACAUUUUUAGCCUUCACUGAUCUAAGCGGGGCAUUCCAUUCCCAGGAGCUAAUACUCGGUGUGGACCGGAACUUCAAGGAUACUUUCAGCGGCGUUAUUGGAGCCCUCAGCUUCAACGGGGAACACCUGAUUGACCUGACCACCGGACGUCUCUCCACGAACGCUGUCGCAAUGGGCGUCCCGUCUCGAAGCACCGUGUCGCCGGACGAGCUCGUCGUUGUCCUCAUGCCGGAGCUUCUACUGCCACCAAUCUCUACCACGCCGUCCCCACCGAAGCCAUUGCCCGCCGCCCUGCCGCCCGGCGCCUCGCAUGGGGGCAUCCUCAUGCCCGACAUUAGGUUGCCAGACGGCGGAGCGGCCAUCUUUGUGCCAGGUGCGUGGCUGACUUUUUGUUUCCCAUCCUCGCACCAGACCAACCCUUCCUUUGAUCCAAUCACAUUACUUCUGCCAUAUCUUUACAUUGGAAAGUGUAUUUCCCAUUAA